AUGAAUUGUUCUGAACCUGAAUUCCUCGAAAUAAGACAAAGAUCAUGUUUUCAAAUUAAUGAUGGAAAUUUCGUUGUGAAGAUUGGGUUAUUAAGUAAUUUAAAUUUUCUAUUAGAUUUCUUGAAACAAAAGCAACAAAAAUUAGCUAUGAAAAAUGAUUCUUUAGAAGCAGAUUCUAUUUAUCCUGGUUUACCAUAUGAAUUUGUCAACAAGCAUCCGUUAUUAAAAAUUUUUAUUGAUUGGUAUCUAUCAGUUGAUCAAGCUGGUACAUAUUAUGAUGAUAAGUAUGAAUUUUUAAAAGAUUUUAUUAAUACUAUUAUUCAUAAUAUGAUUAAACCAAAUGCUGAUCCAAAAUAUUUACGCGCUAUGCGUUUGGUUAGUGGAUUCUUUGGUUCUAUCCCUAAUUUUCAAAUUCAUGAACAUCCACAAGCUUUUAAAAUACAAAUAAAAUCACAAUGGCCUUGGUUUUAUUUACGUAAAGAACAACUUUUGUUGUUUCUUCAAGAUGCCACGCAUUUAGUCACUAAAUGGCGAAAUCGUUUAUUAUCCUCGACAGCUGAAUUACGUAUUGGUAGUAAAAGUAUAUCAGUCGACCACUUAUAUGAUAUUAUUAGUAAUCCAGCAUUUACUAAAUUCGAGUUUUGUUUAACAAAAUCCGACAUUAACCCUAAAGAUCGCCAAAAUUUUAGCUCGUGUCUGAAAUUAACAUUUGAUGAUAAUCUUCAAAUUUUAAGCGGGAAUAAACAGUUACCACCACAUGCAUUAAAUAUUGAUGUUUUUAACUCACAAGCUUGUAAAUCUAUAUUUAGAAAUACAAGUGCAUUAAGCGGAAUUUACUCAACUGUCGUUAAUUUUACUGUACAUGGUUUUUUACAAAGAGCUCAAAAAUUAUCAUUGCUCAAUGAUAUUAAAUAUAAGCAAUUGCAUGAUCCAUCAGUUGACAAAUUAAUCUUUUCUGUUCAUUAUAAGCAUCGAAAUGAUCGGCAAUCAUUAUCCACACAAUGUCAGAAUGAAAUCGAUCAAUUAGAUGUUGAACAGGUCAUAGCUGAUACACAUGAUGAAGCUGUUGAUAUAUUUGAUGACUUAGAAGUGUUAGACUUACUACAACAACAACAUGUUCUGGAUUUAAAGCCAUUAAGUGAAUAUGUAUUCGGGCACUUAAAUGUAAAUUCUAAGAUGUACAACUAUUCAUCUCAAGUAGAUAUUGUUGACAAUGAAGAGUUUGAAUUAGCUACAGAUGAUGAUGACGAAGUAAUAAACGAUAUCUACAAUGAUGAUUAUAAUUGUGACGAUUCGUGUUCGGAUAAUGAUCAUUCUGAUAAUGAUGAACAAGAUGUUACCACCGAAUUCAUCACUACGACGAAGAAAGACUUUUCUGGAAUAAAAGUCGGUGAUACAAUAAAACCUGUCAUCCAAAAUAGUUAUUUUAAAGUUUCAAUCAACAACCAAACAAAAUAUUUGCACAAACAAUCUGCUUGUUGGUUACUAACAGAUGAAAAAAGUAGACUUUCAAGUGAUAGAUUACUGCGGGUGAUGCAGAAUAAGAAGAAAGAAUAA